CCAUUCCAUUCCUCCGUCCGCGCACCACCACCACCGCAUAUCAUCCAUCCAUCCUCCUCCCUGCCAUGGGCUUCCCCGUCGGCUACUCCGAGCUGCUGCUCCCCAAGCAGCUGCUCCACCUCCUCCUCCUGCUCGGCUACGUCCGCCGCUGCCUCCUCUGGGCCUUCCAAGCCGUCGGCCUCGGCGACCUGCUGGAUCUCGCCGACGACGCCCACCACCACCACCUCGCCCUCCACGACCACUCCUACUCCUCUGCGCUGCAGCCGCAUCCGCAUCCGCCGCAGCAGCACCGGCGCUCCGAGUUCCGGCCCGUGCCGGCCAUGGUCAUCGAGGAGGUGCUCCCCGUGGUGCGCUUCGACGAGCUGGACUCCUCCGCCUCCGCACCCUCCUGCGCCGUCGUCGACUGCGCCGUGUGCCUGAGCGCCAUCGGCGGCCGCGACGAGGUGCGCAGGCUCAGCAACUGCCGCCACGUCUUCCACCGCGCCUGCCUCGACCGCUGGAUGGAGCACGACCAGCGCACCUGCCCGCUCUGCCGCGCGCCGCUCAUCCCCGACGAGAUGGCCGGCGCGCUCUGGGCCUCCGCCGCCGGCAUCCCCGACGCAUCCGACUUCGACUUCUUCUACCUCCCCAGCGGGCCGUCCAUGCCCGCCCCGACGCUGCUGCGCCCGCACGAGCUGCUACUCACCGGCCUCGGCGGCUACCAGUGAACUCAUCAUCGACCAACAGGCCGUCUGUUCCAACAUGGAACAGCAAUUGCACAUCGCCGGUGACCGUGCCAGAGGCAGCGGGCCGCGUAGAAUGCGCAGCUUGGCAUGGCUGACUGAAUCGGUCGCCGCGUCCGAGGCCGGCCGGCCAAGGAAGAAUACGGGUCCUUCGCUCGCCUUCAGGCAGGCAGCCUCCUCCAACAAAAUGUGUACAUAGCCAGCAAAAGGAGUAAAGUAACCUCGCGCCCGGAAAAAAAGGGCUACUAGGAGAUUAGAUUCUGAUCAUGUAUAGGUCCGUAGAUUCCACCCUCCAAAGUUUGCGCGGAGCUGUGAAUCUUUCCGCGGAUUAAAUUUGUUGAUGAGCUAGGCGCUUCCGAGUGAAGAAUUCCUUCAGUUUGGAAUUUAUUGGGACCUUUUCUCAUC